AUGGGUAAACCCACUGGAUUUAUGGAGUCUGGCCGAAGGCCUCCGGAGCGGAGACCGGUCAGCGAGCGUAUCAGCGACUACCAAGAGCUUUAUACCCGAUGGCCCGACGCCAUGGCUCGUCAGCAGGGCGGACGGUGCAUGGACUGCGCCGUGCCUUUCUGCCAUACGGGGUGCCCACUUGGCAAUGUGAUUCCCGAAUUCAAUCACUAUGUCUAUAUGGGCGACUGGGAAAGUGCUUUACGCACGUUACUGUCCACCAACAACUUCCCGGAGUUCACCGGGCGGAUCUGCCCGGCCCCCUGCGAAGCCAGUUGUGUGCUCAGCAUUAAUGCCGAUCCCGUCACCAUAGAAUAUGUGGAGAAGGAGAUAGCGGACAGGGGCUUCGAGAACGGUUGGAUACGGCCGCAGCCUCCCGCAGUUCGUACGGGAAAGAAGGUUGCUGUCAUCGGCUCGGGCCCAGCUGGGCUGGCAGCCGCCCAGCAACUCAAUCGGGCAGGACAUUUGGUGACCGUAUUUGAGCGCUCGGAUUAUGUCGGUGGGCUGCUCGCGCUAGGAAUCCCUGAUUUCAAACUUGACAAGGAAGUCCUCCGCCGGCGCCUCGACAUAAUGGAACAAGAGGGCAUCCAGUUUGAAACGGGCGUGGAUGUAGGAGUUGACCUCCCUGCUCAGCAACUGCUGCAGACUUUUGACGCGAUUUGUCUAGCCUGCGGGUCCACUAUGCCUCGUGAUCUGGAUGUUCCAGGCAGAGAGUUGGAUGGCGUCCACUUUGCCAUGGAAUACCUCACCCAACAGAAUCGCCUCAAUGCGGGCGAAGAACUGGACUCGGAGCCCAGGCUCACGGCAGAAGGCAAGCGGGUGGUGAUUCUUGGUGGCGGGGACACGGGAGCCGAUUGUUUGGGGACGGCCCAUCGGCAGGGUGCCGAGAUAGUAAACCAAUUCGAACUCCUUGCAGAACCACCGAUACAUCGAAACACUUCAAACCCAUGGCCGCAGUGGCCCACGAUUCUCCGGUCGUCGGCGGCGCACGAGGAAGGGGGCGUGAGGGACUACGGUAUCCUCACCAAGUCCUUCUCGGGCAACGACGGCAAGUUGGAAAAGUUGCACGCAGUGCGGGUGGAAUGGAGCCAGCCCGAAAACGGUGGACGCCCUGCUUUGACUGAGGUUCCUGGCAGCGAAUUCGAGGUCGAGACAGAGCUGGUGUUGCUGGCAAUGGGCUUCCUUCACCCGCAGCAUGAGGGUCUGCUCAACCAGUUGGGUGUUGAACUUGACAGUCGGGGCAACGUGAACAUAGGCGAGAACCGGAUGUCCAGCGUGCCCGGCGUUUUUGCUGCUGGAGACACCGCCCGGGGCCAGUCGCUGGUAGUGUGGGCUAUUGCCGAGGGAAGGGAGACGGCUCGCGCGAUAGACCUAUAUCUGAUGGGAGAGACUAACCUCCCUAAUUCCCUGCCCUCCACUCUCUAG